AUGCCCGGUGUUGCCAUCCUACCACCACCAUCGUCUGCACUCAGGUUGCCACCAUCAAGCAUGCAAAAUGGCGUGGGCUCUUUCCAUGGCGGGACUGUGGCGGAUAUCAAAGAGGUAGCAAAGGAGCAGGCAAAGAAGGUCCGCGGCGCAACGGCCAUAUCGUUGCUCAAGGGUGCACGGUCGCAAAUUCAUCAUGCAGACGACUGCGAGCUAGCUGGGGACCUCAAGGGCGCCCUCAGCGCCAUUACCAAGGCCGUCUCGCUCGUGCAGAUGUUCAUGGAUUCAGCAGAGUUCAAGAUCGAGACCCAGCCGGGCCGCAAGGGUGUGCUCGUGAGGGAUCUGCUUGAUUUCCAGCAGCACGAGGGCCGCGACCUCAAAGGCAAGAUGGAGAGCGUCGAGGCAAAACUCGUCGAGGCGGAGAGAUCGUCGCAGCAGGACUCUGCUCCAGACACACAGGUUGAAACGGGCGCCAUACGUUCACCAGGCGGCAGUAUCGCUGACCGGAUGCGUUCGCUAGCAAGCGCAGGACUUGCUGUUUCGACCACAAAGCGUUUCUCGCGCGAGGUCGCGCCCAUUACGUCGGCCUCAGUGGCACCACCACUACAGCCGACACCGACUUCGGUAGCUUCCGAUGCGGUCCUCCGACCCAACAGGAUCUCGCUGCAGAAUUUGCCGUCUCUUCCAGCCAACUUUGCUGCCUCACUUGCUUCACCCGUUGUUAGCUCCGCAGCGCCUGUGCUAGUGCCUACUUCAAGCUUCGGCCCGCCUUCACCCACUUCAUCUACGUCGUCCUCCCCUCGCGUGUCUCAUCUAAGUCUGUCGGACUUUACACAGGCAUUCCCGUCGAUCGACGAGCUAGACGAGGCAGACGGGCUCCGACUGUCGUCAGUGCCGACUGGUUCGAGUAAGCACUCUGUCGAUCGGCCGUUGCCAUACGUGCAGCCCAAACCGUUCCCUGCCCUACCCAUGGACUAUGGCCCGCGGCCUUCGAGCACUCCCAUUCCUCCGACGAUCGAUACAUUCGCGAGCCGCCCCGCCUCGCCUUCGCGUUCCCCGAUGUCGCCUACCGUCCCCCGCAAGCCCUCUGGACUGUCUCUCAAGUCAUCUGCAUCAAGAUCGCCGAUCCUCCCAGUCGCGACACCGAUCACCGAAAAGCCGCCGGACCUUCCUGUGUCCACCACACUCUUUCCAAGGACGCUGUUUGACUACAACAACCGAAGCAACUUCAAGGUGCUCGUGUUGGACGUGCGCACGCGAGAAGAGUUUGAUAAAGAACACAUAAAGGCAGAUGCGGUUGUAUGUAUUGAGCCGACAGUGCUCCUACGAAGCGACGUUUCUCCCCAGAGCAUUGAAGAUUCCCUUGUCGUAGCCCCCCGAGACGAAUGGGUCCUCUUCAGUAACCGCGACAAGUUUGACUUGGUGGCUAUUUACGAUAACGACUCAGAGACAUUUGGGGAAUUAAGCUCUCCGCUGUCUUCGCUUGUUAGAGCAAUUUACGAAGUUGCUUUUCGUAAGUUCCUGAAACAUUCCCCGAUGUUACUCGUAGGAGGUCUGCAGGCGUGGAAGAAAGAAUUUGGAGAGGCGGAGCUGGUUCGUGGCAGUACGAGUGGGUCGACGCCGACGGAUUCGGCGAACGUCAAGGGGUUGGUAAAUGGGCUGGCAUCAGUGAACAUGAAUGGGACAACAUCUCCCUCGCCUUCUUAUGCGGAAAUGAAAAGUCCAUCUAUAGGUCAUAUUAGGGCGCCCGCUGAGACUGGCUUUUCUACCACCUCAGGCACUCCCGGGCGCCUCCGUUCUGGUACGGAACCGCAUGUUGAUCCCAACGCGCAUAAACCCUGGUUGCCCAGCUCGCCUGAUCCUCAACUUGCUCAGAACCAGAUUCCUGCGUCUAUGCGGUCAAGUAUUGAUGGUCCGCUUUCUCCCACAUUCGAUAAACGGCUGGCGCGCAAAUCCGCGAUAUCGCGGCCACCGUCAAAUUCAAUUUCCUAUUCGCACAGCUCUUCCCCUGCUAUACCUGAACAUGCUCCAACACAACACUUUUCCCCUCCUUUAGUCAACGGUACCCCGGCCAUCCAAUACCCAGCUAUGUCACGGAAUAUAUCCCCUCAGCUAUCAGGCUCGUCAUUCUCCUCUGCUCCGUUGAACGGCGUUGUCUCUAUGCCCCCUCAAGCGUCCAUUAAUCCGUCACCACUGUCACGGCGGAGGAGCGAUUACAUUGACCAAUCUCAAGAAGCUCUGUCCGGUCUUUCUUCGCGUGGUCCUAUAGACUACCCAGACUUGUCAUCGCAACAUGUCCUGCGCCCGCCGCCCGCUGCGGCUUCCUCUGUCCUUGAGAGGCAAGACAACCGCCCACGGCUGAUGCAGACUCAAUCGUUCAAGCUUGGUCCUAGGCCGCCGACGAUCCAGUCCGACUACCCGGUCACGUACUGGGCUGAUACGCAGAUUGGGACUUCGGGGCUGAAGAAUUUGGGUAACACGUGCUAUAUGAAUUCGACGAUCCAGUGUUUGAGCGCGACCGUGCCGUUCGCGCGGUUCUUUACUGACGGACGAUGGAAGAGUGCUGUCAACAUGAUGAACCCGAUGGGGACGAAGGGGAAUCUUGCACAUGCUUUCGCCAAUAUUCUCCGAGAUAUGUGGCAGGGCGAGUUGCAGUGUCUGUCCCCAGUUACAUUCCGUCGAUCAUUAUGCCAGUACGCUCCCCAAUUUGGCGGGACGGAGCAGCACGAUUCGCAGGAGUUCCUCAACUUUCUGCUCGAUGGCCUGCAUGAGGACCUCAAUCGGGUGCUACAAAAACCACAAAUAGACUCAACACCCGAAAGAGAGGCCGAGUUAGAGAGGCUACCUACGCAGAUUGCCAGCGAGCAGGAAUGGCAGAUCUGGCGGAUGCGGAAUGACAGCCUGGUCGUAGACUUCUUCCAGGGUCAGUUCCGCAACCGACUGGAGUGCCUCACGUGCCACAAAACCUCGACCACUUACAACACGUUCAUGUACCUUACUUUACCUAUUCCUACCAGCCGAAGUCUAUCCAAAGUGUCACUGUCCCAUUGUCUGGAUGCCUUCGUCAAGGAAGAAGUGAUGGAGAAGUCAGAUGCAUGGAACUGCCCACAUUGUAAGACGCUGCGCAAGGCGACGAAGAAUCUGUCGCUAUCGCGAUUGCCUCCUGUGCUUCUGAUCCACCUAAAGCGCUUUUCGUCCAAGGGUCACUUCACAGAUAAGAUUGAGACGUUCGUCGACUACCCCCUGCGGGGCUUGGAUCUCACCAACUACAUGCCCCCUCCACUACCUCCUGGGGUGAACGCGGGCCCUCAGAUGCCGAGAGAUGAUCCACGCGCGCAGAUACCACCGUACCGGUACGACUUGUACGGUGUUACCAACCACUUUGGCACGCUGAGCAGCGGACACUAUACCGCAUUCAUCUCGUCUCGCGGCGGAUGGCUCUAUUGUGACGAUAGCCGUAUAUCACAAGCAGACCCGAAAGACGUAGUGGGAAAGCCCGCGUACAUGUUGUUCUACAAGAGGACGAAAGCAUAA